AUGGCGGAGCUGCUUCCUCUGACUGACUCUCAGAUCCACUGCUUCUAUCCUCGCAUAUAUGCAGAAGAAGAGGAGUUCGCGUCAGAAGAGAGAGAGGAGCAGGCCGAGGAGGGAGAGGAGCAGGCAGAGGAGGGAGAGGAGCAGGCAGAGGAGGGAGACGAGCAGGCCAAGGAGGGAGAGGAGCAGGCCGAGGAGAGAGAGGAGCAGGCCGAGGAGAGAGAGGAGCAGGCCGAGGAGAGAGAGGAGCAGGCCGAGGAGAGAGAGGAGCAGGCCGAGGAGGGAGAGGAGCAGGCCGAGGAGGGAGAGGAGCAGGCAGAGAGAGAGGAGCAGGCCGGGGAGGGAGAGGAGCAGGCCAAGGAGGGAGAGGAGCAGGCCGAGGAGGGAGAGGAGAAGGCCGAGGAGAGAGAGGAGCAGGCCGAGGAGGGAGAGGAGCAGGCCGAGGAGGGAGAGGAGCAGGCAGAGAGAGAGGAGCAGGCCGGGGAGGGAGAGGAGCAGGCAGAGGCGAGAGAGGAGCAGGCCGAGGAGGGAGAGGAGCAGGCCGAGGAGGGAGAGGAGCAGGCAGAGGAGAGAGAGGAGCAGGCCGAGGAGAGAGAGGAGCAGGCCGAGGAGAGAGAGGAGCAGGCCGAGGAGGGAGAGGAGCAGGCAGAGGAGAGAGAGGAGCAGGCCGAGGAGGGAGAGGAGCAGGCCGAGGAGGGAGAGGAGCAGGCCGAGGAGGGAGAGGAGCAGGCCGAGGAGGGAGAGGAGCAGGCCGAGGAGAGAGAGGAGCAGGCCGAGGAGAGAGAGGAGCAGGUUGAGGAGGGAGAGGAGCAGGCCGAGGAGGGAGAGGAGCAGGCAGAGGCGAGAGAGGAGCAGGCCGAGGAGGGAGAGAAGCAGGCCGAGGAGGGAGAGGAGCAGGCAGAGGAGAGAGAGGAGAAGGCCGAGGAGGGAGAGAAGCAGGCCGAGGAGGGAGAGGAGCAGGCCGAGGAGGGAGAGGAGCAGGCCGAGGAGAGCGAGGAGCAGGCCGAGGAGAGAGAGGAGCAGGCCGAGGAGGGAGAGGAGCAGGCCGAGGAGGGAGAGGAGCAGGCAGAGAGAGAGGAGCAGGCCGAGGAGGGAGAGGAGCAGGCAGAGGCGAGAGAGGAGCAGGCCGAGGAGGGAGAGGAGCAGGCCGAGGAGGGAGAGAAGGAGGGCGGGCAAGACAACGCAUUUCCAUUACAGAUGAACUAA